AUGUCCGAAGGCAAGGAGGACCUCCACUACCACUUCUACCCUCAUAACCAGCACUUGUUCAACCUACCCGAGUGCGCCACACAGCAGGUGUGCAACGCGGUGUACAAGCGGCUGAACUUCACGCAGCCCCUGUGCGCGUGUCCCUCCGGCAGCGACCCCUGCAGCGCCUCCUUCAGGGCAGACGACCGCAGAUCCAUCGAGCUCAGGAUGGGCGGCCCGCAGUCCCAGGCCGUGACCCUGAUCAAGACGUGCGAGCCAAUCUGGAGUGUGCGUGAGUGCAAGAGCCCGAGAGACUGGUCCAUCCUUGCCCUGCAGAACACUCGCACGGGGAAGGCUCACUACCUCGUCAUCUGCAAGUGCCCGGACAGUGCACGGCUUGACGGACCCCUCAACCACGACCAGCCCGCCUACGCCCAAGUCCCAGGCAUCCGAGUCUAUGGCAUGAUGUGUAUUCGCAGCAGUUUCCGCCGCGCCGGCCGUGUGGCGAGAGACAGCAGGUUGGCCUUCCCGUGGGGGCGUGUGUCUGAAGCCCUCAAGGACGAGAAAAUCCUCCAGGACCUCUUAGCUGACGCCCCCUACGCCCACGCCCCCAUCUUCUAGACACGCCCACCAGCCACGCCCACGCCCGCCGCGCCUCCUGGGGGUGGGCGUGGCCGCGGCAGUACCCUCUCGGACCGUUUCGUCAAGGACAUGCUGGCGUGUCCUUUUUUAGUCAUGAAUUUCUCUUCAGGCGGGAAUCCUUUGGUGUGACGGACGUGUGACUUCCGGGACUCGGCGCUGAGGAGGUCACGUCCUUGACCUUGUCUUCUCCGGCGAGGUCGAGUCCCUGGAAGGUCAUUUUUUUUAAAGAGAUUGUCUCCCUGACCUGGUCUUGGAAGGGGCUGGCGAGGGACAGCUGUAUAUCGUUCAUUGGGGAAAACUGAGGGAAACUAUGUCAUUUAGUUUCAUUGUUUUUUUUUUAUCUAUUGAUAAUUGAGAGAAAAAAGUUGUAUUUCUAUUCUAGUAUUUCCUAUUAUAGAAUUAUUAUCCGUACUUCUCUGCAGUCUUUGUAAAUUAUAAAACAAAUACGAAUAAUAUAUUUAUUAUAUUUCUUUUUUUUUUGUAUAAAAAGGGUUUUUAAUGUCAUCUCAUGUGUUACGGCAAUAACGUAAAUUAACCGAAAUUUCCCUUUACCUAUAACAGGAAACUAAUUGAAUUUUUAUAUGUGUGUAUUUUCCAUUACCUAUA